UCCGGAAGACAAGGAUUUCGGAGUAAAUUUAUAUUUAUCAAAGAUGACGUGCCGCAAAGUCUCCUGUCCGCAACCGAUAUCCAAAUUCAGCGGCAUCCUCCUGCUGUUGCUGAUUCUUUUAACCGAGGUCACGUACUCGGCUGAUCUCGCAAUCGAGAUACCGGGCAACCUAAGCCAGGGUGGUUCCUGGUACCGUUUGGAUUACAGCCCACCCGUCGGCUCUCCACCGCCAAAUACCACUAUAGCCGCCACCGAGAUCGGUGAUGUCAUAAAGUUUAAGGACGGCCUGCCCGGGACGAGAUACGAAUAUUGGCUGUACUACAGCAAUAGUACUCUUCACGACUGGCUGACGUGGACCGCCUCGAUUACGACACCACCCGAUCCGCCUUCAAACUUGACGGUAUCGGUGCGAAAUGGGAAAACCGCGAUCGUAUAUUGGUCACCUCCGGCCCAAGGGAAUUAUUCCGGUUUCCGGUUGCGGACGCAGAGCUUCAGUGACACCGGAAAUCCCAAGACCAGUGUCAUCCCAGUCGACUCGGUGCCGUAUACACUCCGAGAUCUCACUCCCGGUGCCACGUACUCGCUUCAGCUCUUCACCGUGCUGGACGCCAAGGAGAGCGUCGCUUACACCAGCAGGAACUUUACGACAAAACCGAAUACUCCGGGAAAGUUUAUCGUCUGGUUCAGGAACGAAACGACGCUGCUGGUGCUAUGGCAACCGCCUUAUCCUGCCGGAAUAUACACGCAUUAUAAAGUUAGUAUAGAUCCACCGGACGCCAUAGAAUCCGUUCUCUACGUAGAGAAGGAGGGCGAGCCGCCUGGUCCUGCACAGGCAGCUUUCAAAGGACUCGUUCCAGGUAGAGCGUAUAACAUUUCCGUGCAGACUGUUUCGGAGGACGAGACGUCCGCGCCUACCACAGCUCAGUAUCGUACAGUACCGUUGCGUCCCCUCAAUGUGACCUUCGACAAAUCUUCCAUAACGUCGACUUCCUUCCGCAUGUUUUGGAAUCCGCCCAAUGGAACUUCCGAGUUCGACAAGUAUCAAAUAUCGCUCGGUAGUAAUCGGAGGCUCGCGCCUGUCACGCGAAACCGGGACGACGAGAACAGAUGGGAGUUCAAGGACUUGGAGCCUGGCAAGACCUAUCAAGUAGUCGUGAAGACGGUUUCUGGCAAGGUCACCAGCUGGCCGGCCAGUGGGGAUGUCACUCUGAAGCCACUGCCUGUUCAUGAUCUUAGAGCAGUGAUCGAUGAAAAAACUGGUAUGGUGGAUGUUUCCUGGAGUCCGGAGAAUUCCAGUACACAAGACAGUUACAAGUUACAAUAUCAUGAGGUGGAAACGACGAUUGGUGGCGAUAGUAACACUUUGACGACUGAUAAAACAAAGGUUACUCUGGAAGCUUUGCUGCCAGGAAGAAAUUAUUCUAUAAUAGUGCAAGCAAUUAGCAAUAAAAUCGAGUCAAACGAAACCGUCCUAUACCAAGCGACGCGUCCAGCCAGUCCUGUGAUCGAAGAUCUGAAGCCUAUUGAAAAGGGUUUGAACAUUUCCUGGAAGAGCGAUGUCAAUUCUAAGCAGGAAAAAUUUGAAGUAACCCACAACAGGAACGAUACCGGAGAAAGUGCGACCACUCUGACUACGGAGUCGCAUAUUGUCUUGGAGGAUCUUUAUCCUGGUGCAGCAUACGAGGUCAAAGUCUUUGCCAUUAGCCAUGGACUUCGAAGCGAGCCGCACGAUUAUAUGCAAGCUGUCUUGCCUCAUCCACCGAAGAAUCUCAGUAUCGAGAAAGUCACAAGCAACACUGUUGUCGUGCACUGGGAAGCUCCAACGGAUUCAAUAUUUAUCGAAUAUUCCAUCAGAUACCGUACGGAAGACGAUCCUAGGUGGGUCAAACUCCCAAGCGUUCGUGAUAUGGAAGCGGAAGUCACGGAUAUGACACCUGGCGAGAGAUAUACUAUACAAGUAAACACUGUCAGUUAUGGCGUCGAAAGUCUGUAUCCGUUGCAAGUGAAUCAUACAGUCAAACCAAAUCCAGUUUUAAAUAUCACGCCAAUCAUCGACUCUACCAACGUAACUCUCGAAUGGCCGCGACCGGAAGGUCGUAUCGAGACCUACGUUAUAAGAUGGUGGCCGAUAAAAAAUCCAGAGGACUCCAAAACGAAGAACGUCAGCGAGAGCAACGAUGUAUCCGAUAUCAGUUUCGAAGAGAAUGCUGUACAAAUCGGAAAGGUCCUGGUGAGCGACCUAAUGCCUGGAGUACAGUACUUCUUCGUCGUCUACACGGUGUCUUACGAUCUAGUCAGCGACAUUAGCAAUUUAACCACAAGAACAAUGCCGCUGAUCCAGUCCGAGGUCGUCGUAGUGGUCGACCGGGAUCAACCGGGGUCAUUGACGUUGCGAUACACGCCGACGCCAAUACAAUCUUCCAAGUUCGAUCUCUACCGAUUCAGGAUUAGUGAUGACAAUAACACCACGAAAGAGCGUAUGGUAGAGGACACUGACACCAAAGUUACAUUUGUUGGAUUAACACCUGGCAGAUUGUAUAACGUGACCGUUUGGACAGUAAGCGAUAAUGUGGAGAGCAGACCUCUCCUCCGACAAGACCGACUCUAUCCCGAACCGAUCACUGCGAUCCACGCGAUUGACGUGAAUGAUACGAGGAUCACGUUGACCUGGGACAUACCGCAUGGAGAGUAUGAUGCUUUUGAAGUACAGUACAUUAACACAGAAGGGAACUAUAUACAAAAUAUAACCUCGGUCAACAUGAUCACCAUCUUUGAUUUGAAGCCGCAUAGGAAUUAUACAUUCACUUUGGUUGUACGUUCGGGCACAGAAUCCUCUAUCUUGAGAGUCUCAAAUCCGCUCAGCGCCAGUUUCACCACCAGCGAAUCGUAUCCGGGAAAGGUGGAGAAGUUUCAUCCUACUGACAUUCAACCGAGCGACAUCAACUUUGUCUGGUCUCUACCCAGUCAGGAACAAAAUGGCAUCAUUAGAAAAUUCAGCAUCACUUACAACUUAGAAGGUUCGACGUAUAUCCAGAUGCAGGACUUCAAACCGAACGAAUUCCGCGGCGUCAUCAAGUCCCUUAUACCGGGUAAGACGUAUGUCUUCCGGAUUCAAGCGGAGACGAAGAUCGGCUUUGGUCCUGAGGCGAUCUGGAAGCAGAAGAUGCCGAUACUGGCACCGCCAAAGCCGUCUACACAAGUGGUGCCGACCGAGGUCUGCAGGAGUAGUACGACGAUACAAAUUAGAUUCAGAAAGAAUUACUUCAGCGAGCAAAACGGCGUGGUCACAUCGUACACCAUCAUCGUCGCUGAAGACGAUAGCAAGAAUGCUUCUGGACUAGAGAUGCCCAGUUGGAGGGACGUUCAGGCUUAUAGCAUUUGGCCACCGUACCAGGUGAUGGAACCGUAUUAUCCUUUCAAAAACGGAUCUGUGGAGGACUUUACGAUUGGUUCUGAAAAUUGCGACAACAAAGUUGGAUACUGUAAUGGACCAUUGAAAUCGGGAUCCACUUAUCGGGUGAAGGUGCGCGCGUUUACAGCACCAGACAAAUUUACGGACACCAGCUACAGCUUUCCCAUUCAAACAGGAUUGCUGCUGGCAGAUAAGGACAACACGGCCAUCAUAGUCGGUGUCACCGUCGCCAUAGCGUUGCUGCUGUUUCUAUUGGGCAUUGGGCUGUUUAUGCGAAGGAGAAGAAGUCAGGGUCGCAAAACGACAGAAACCAGGGCAACCGACAAUCUGUCAUUGCCGGACAGUGUCAUAGAGACAAGCCGGCCUAUUAAAGUUGAAGAUUUUGCCGAGCAUUAUCGUACAAUGUCGGCGGAUUCCGACUUCCGGUUCUCGGAAGAGUUUGAAGAGCUGAAGCACGUCGGAAGAGAUCAGCCUUGCACAGCAGCGGACUUGCCUUGUAACAGGCCUAAAAAUCGCUUUACGAAUAUUCUUCCGUACGAUCACAGUAGGUUCAAGCUUCAACCUGUCGAUGAUGAAGAAGGUUCCGACUAUAUCAACGCUAAUUAUGUUCCGGGUCACAAUUCGCCAAGGGAGUUUAUCGUGACCCAAGGACCGUUGCAUUCGACUCGCGACGAUUUCUGGCGAAUGGUGUGGGAGAGCAAUAGCAGAGCUAUCGUGAUGCUAACGAGAUGUAUCGAAAAGGGCAGAGAAAAAUGCGAUCAUUACUGGCCGGUGGAUACUUUACCGGUAUAUUAUGGGGAUAUUUGUGUCACGAUACUAAACGAGACGCACUAUCCGGAUUGGAGCAUCACGGAAUUCAUGUUAUGCAGAGGCGAUAUAAAGAGAGUGAUACAGCACUUUCACUUUACCACCUGGCCGGAUUUCGGCGUUCCCAGUCCACCUCAGACUUUGGCGAGGUUCGUGCGAGCGUUCAGGGAACGUGUUAGGCCCGAUCAGAGACCCAUAGUCGUUCAUUGCAGUGCCGGCGUAGGUCGUAGCGGCACCUUUAUCACCCUCGAUAGAAUAUUACAGCAGAUUCUCGUAUCAAAAUACGUUGACAUCUUCGGAAUCGUCUGGGCGAUGAGGAAAGAGCGAGUCUGGAUGGUCCAGACGGAACAGCAAUACAUCUGCAUCCAUCAGUGUCUUCUAGCUGUUCUGGAAGGACAGGAUACUACUGGACCGCCACGAGAGAUUCAUGACAAUCAGGGAUUCGAAGGCAAGAAUCGAAGCUCGGUCGAAAACACUAAGAGUCCUGCCGAGGAUGAGAAGGAGAGGUGACCUUCGAACAGCGACUCCUGCGUCGACGAUGACGAAGGAAUAGCCGAAUCGGGGAUGUGAUGGUUCGAUUACUGGUUAAGAGUAAUAACUGAUGGUGACAAAAAUGGAUCUCGUUUUCCAAAGGCGCUCGAAUCUUCAGGAUUCUUCAAGUUUAUUUGGAAAAGAAAAACGUAGAAAAAAGAUACAAAUUUUUUUACGCAAAUGGCGUAAAAAUAACACGAUUUGAUUGGAUUAAUUAGAUAUUGUGUGCAAGGCGUAAAUCGAUGGAAGAGAUUUCUUCCGAAAUCUCUUCGGAAGAAUACCGAAUAGCAGUAUCAAACAACAA